CCAAGGAAGCUAAUUUCAUACAUGACGUCCUUGCCCGGGAAUACCAUAUACGGUAAUGAGGGUUUGGCCUAAGCUGGCUUCAGGGACCAUGGUGACUGACAACCUGUGUCCUCCAGAGUCACCCCUAUUAGGUCACCCUGCGCGCACGUGUAUCCCGUUACUUGAGAGACGAGACGAACUCAAGUUGACCUCACUACACAGAGCAUAUUUAGUAGUAAUGGCAACAUUUCCAUUUGGGGAGGACUUUUGGGGGGAAAAAGAGUUUGGCAAGAUUUUAAGGCGAGCUAGGAGAAAGCCACCCAAACUAUACAAUGUGGAAGAUGUAGUUGCCGAGGAGAAACGAAGAGGCGAAACUUGGGUGAAGGUGAAAUGGGCAGGGAGUUGGCCUGGCCAGCAGCACUCCUGGGUCCCCCUCCAGGAGAACCCAGAGUUGGAGGCCUACCUGCAUCACUACAGGGAGGCCACUGCUCUGGGCAGGGGGGGAACUCAGGAGGACUCAAGUACAAUUCAGUACUUGAAAACUGCCAUCCUCACUGCCCUAGGGGAGGGCAGUCACAAGGCUGGACAAUAUAACACCAAGGCCAGCCUGACCAUCCCCUUCCCACGUACAGAGUUCGACAAGCAUUUUCGUUCGCUGAACAUUAUUGGUUGGGUGGCAGGUCCCUCAGGACAGCCAGAGACAUUCUCUUGCCACCCAACUGAGCUCAUCGCAGUGCUUGGCAGAGGAUGGCACCGGAAACCGCUCAAGUCAUCCUCUCUCAUCUUGGUGACAGAGGUCCGUGUCACCUGGGGCUACAGGCCUGUGGUCAGAUAUGACCAUUCUGAAUGCCCCAGGUGCACACACAAGCGCGCAGAGAGACUUCGGCCAUCACAGUGCUGCCCAAAGGAGACACAGCAUCUGGACGAAGGAUGGCUGACCCUUUCUCUGAGAAGGGAAGUUGUGAACACAAUCCACCCAAAAAGGUACGAGCUAUGUCUCUAUGUACAGGUAAGCACAACAGUUUAG